GUUGCACUAAUAGGAUUUCCAAGUGUGGAGAAAUCAACCCUUUAAACCAUGUUAACUGGAACUCAUUCAGAAGCUGCAUCUUAUGAAUUUACACCACUUACAUGCAUUCCUGGUAUCAUACAUUACAAUGAUACUAAGAUUCAACUUCUCGAUCUUCCUGGAAUUAUUGAAGGUGCUUCUGAAGAAAAAGGACGUGGGAGGCAGGUUAUUGCUGUUGCCAAGUCCUCAGAUCUUGUGCUUAUGGUUCUUGAUGCCGCUAAAAGCGAGGGUCAUCGCCAAAUACUAACCAAGGAACUGGAAGUUGUGGGUUUGCGUUUAAACAAGAGACCACCUCAAAUAUAUUUUAAAAAGAAAAAAACUGGGGGAAUCACUUUCAAUAGUACGUUACCUUUAACUCAUGUGGACGAGAAACUCUGUUAUCAAAUUCUGCAUGAGUACAAAAUUCACAAUGCAGAGGUUCUAUUUCGUGAGGAUGCCACAGUGGAUGACCUUAUAGAUGUCAUUGAAGGAAACCGCAAAUACAUUAAUUGUGUGUAUGUUUACAACAAGAUAGAUGUCAUCGGUAUUGAUGAUGUGGAUAAGUUAGCCUGGCAACCUCAUUCUGUCGUGAUAAGCUGCAAUCUGAAGGGUGAACCUGAUGGUUUCUUUGGAACAAUGUUCUGCCCCUACUGGUCUUGCAACCAAACCCCACCUAGAAUCUGGCUGACUUUCACACAAGGAAUUAAAGCCCUCGUUGUCAAACUCACAUUGUUACUAUGA